UGAUAGAGAAUGAGAUAUUCAGACUUACAGUCUGGGCUAAUCCUAGCAAUGAAGCAAAAUGAGGCAGUGACCUUCACGGCUUGCUCGAGCGCAAUAUGCUUGAGUCAACUUGGCCUGGCAUAGUCCGAACAGUGUGGGAGGUAGACCCAGCCAUAGUAGUCUAUCUGACCAAACAUUUCAAAAGCCCAGCAGCUUAUGCUGAGGUGCAGAAUCUGGUUCAGUCUAAUGCUAGCCAGGUAGUUAAUACUCUAGAGGCUCUAUGAUUUUUGAUUGGGGAUUCCUUCUGAGGUGGACAGAGACGAGAGCUGAAGUACAUCAUCGUGUGGGU